GGUCACGUGAGGUCAUGCAUGAAGGAAAACUGUAGCCUUCAGGGAUGGACAAGACAUACGUUAUUACUCCAGUCAGAAGUCAAUAUGCUGUCAAAUGCUUUCCUCAGUCUUCUGUGUGUCAGCGCGGUGCUAUGGGAGCCCAGCUGGGCCUACCUGAGUUACCAAGAACAACUGCCCAACGGAAACAACGUCCAACACCCGUGUAAGGUCAACUACCGGUGGCCAGGACUCGGACACGAGAACCCGCUAGGGGGCGGGGCCAGGAACGUCUUCGGACAGGACUUUGCCCGCCUCGGGCGUACGCUCAAACUAACAAGCUCAAACUGA